CCCCGCGUCCCGGCCGGCGAUUGGGCGGCGGGCCGAGGACGUCAGCCAGACUGUGACGUGAGCCUUCCUGUUUCCUUCGGCGGAGUCUUAAAGUCAAUCUUGCGGGCGCAGCUCAGCCGCGAGCGGACCAGCCCGCACCGCCGGCCCCGGGUCCGAGCCGCCCGCCCGGAGCAGCCCCGCGCGCCGCCCCGCGGGACUCGGGAGCCGCGGUCCCCGCCCUGCACCCCGCGCCCCGGUCCCCGCGCCCCGGCCCCCGCGCCCCGAGAUGCGCGUCCAGGCGGCGGCGCCGCGUCCCUGAGCCCCGCGCUCCGCAGGUCCCGGGAUUCUUGAGUUGCGCCCAGCUGACGAGCUUUUGAAGAUGGCACAAUAACUGUCCAGUGAUGCCUGACCAUGACAACACAGCCCUCUUAAGCCGGCAAACCAAGAGGAGAAGAGUUGACAUUGGAGUGAAAAGGACGGUGGGGACGGCGUCUGCGUUUUUCGCGAAGGCCAGAGCAACGUUCCUCGGUGCCAUGAAUCCCCAGGGCGCGGAGCAGGACGUGGAGUACGCCGUGGUCCAGCACGCAGACGGGGAGAAGUCCAACGUGCUGCGCAAGCUGCUGAAGAGGGCGAACUCUUACGAGGAUGCCAUGAUGCCUUUCCCAGGAGCGACUAUCAUUUCCCAGCUGUUGAAAAAUAACAUGAACAAAAAUGGUGGCACGGAGCCCAGCUUCCAAGCCAGCGGCCUCUCCAGCACGGGCUCCGAGGUGCAGCAGGAGGACGUGUGCAGCAACUCUUCUCGAGACAGCCCCCCCGAGUGCCUCUCCCCGUUCGGCAGGCCCGCCCUGGGCCACUUCGACGUGGACCGCUUCUGCGACGAGCACCUGCGGGCCAAGCGGGCCCGCGUGGAGAACAUCAUCCGGGGCAUGAGCCACUCGCCCAGCGUGGCGCUGCGGGGCCAGGACGGCGAGCGGGAGGGGGCCCCGCGGCCCUCCAGCCCCCGCGACAGCUACCGGGAGAACAAACGCAAGCAGAGGCUGCCUCAGCAGCAGCAGCAGAGUUUCCAGCAGCUGGUGUCAGCCCGCAAGGAGCAGAAGCGGGAGGAGCGGCGGCAGCUGAAGCAGCAGCUGGAAGACAUGCAGAAGCAGCUGCGGCAGCUGCAGGAGAAGUUCUACCAGAUCUACGACAGCAGCGACUCGGACAUCGAGGGGGACGGCGACCUGUCGGAGGGCAGCCUGCGCUCCGGGAGCCUGGAGGCCCGUGCCCGCGGCUCGGUGGGCCGCUCGGACACCGAGCUGUGCGAGCUGGACCCCGGACACUUCCUGGACCGGGCCCGGGCCCUGCUGCGCGAGCAAGAGCUGGCGGAGAACAAGCCCGAGAGGGAGGGUGGCCCCCGGGAGCGCGCGGAGCACCCGGCCGCCCUGCAGCCCCCCGAGGGCAAGCACCUCGCCGAGACGCUCAAGCAGGAGCUCAACACGGCCGUGUCGCAGGUGGUGGACACGGUGGUCAAGGUGUUCGCCGCCAAGCCGGCCCGCCAGCCGCCGCAGGUGUUCGCGCCCCUCCAGAUGCCCCAGGCCCGCUUCGCCGUCAACGGUGACCACCACGACUUCCACACGGCCAACCAGCGGCUGCAGUGCUUUGGCGACGUCAUCCUCCCUACGACGCUGGACACCUUUGGCAGCGUGCCCAUGCCGGCCGCCGCCGCCGCCGCCGCCGCCGACCAGACCGAGGCCCUGCCCCUGGUGGUCCGCAAGAACUCGUCCGACCAGCCGGCUCCCGGGCCCCCCGCCGGCGGCCACCACCAGCCCCUGCACCAGUCGCCGCUGUCGGCCACCGCCGGCUUCACCGCGUCCACCUUCCGCCACCCCUUCCCCCUGCCCCUGAUGGCCUACCCGUUCCAGAGUCCCCUGGGUGCUCCCGCCGGCUCCUUCUCGGGCAAAGACAGGGCCUCUCCCGAAUCCUUGGACCUGACGAGGGAGACGGCCGGUCUGAGGACCAAGAUGUCAUCCCACCACCUGAGCCACCACCCCUGCUCGCCUGCACACCCGCCCGGCGCGGCCGAGGGGCUGUCUCUGUCGCUCAUCAAGUCGGAGUGCGGAGACCUGCAGGACAUGUCUGAGAUCUCGCCCUACUCGGGGAGCGCAAUGCAGGAAGGACUCUCUCCCAACCACCUGAAAAAAGCAAAGCUUAUGUUUUUUUAUACCCGCUAUCCCAGCUCCAACAUGCUCAAGACCUACUUCUCGGAUGUCAAGUUCAACAGGUGCAUCACCUCCCAGCUCAUCAAAUGGUUCAGCAACUUCCGGGAGUUCUACUACAUCCAGAUGGAGAAGUAUGCCCGGCAAGCCAUCAACGACGGCGCGGCCAGCAGUGAGGAGUUGUCCAUCACCAGAGACUGUGAGCUGUACCGUGCCCUCAACAUGCACUACAACAAAGCCAAUGACUUUGAGGUCCCAGAGAGAUUCCUAGAAGUUGCACAGAUCACGUUACGGGAGUUUUUCAAUGCCAUUAUCGCGGGCAAAGACGUGGACCCUUCCUGGAAGAAGGCCAUAUACAAGGUCAUCUGCAAACUGGAUAGUGAAGUCCCUGAGAUUUUCAAGUCCCCUAACUGCCUCCAAGAGCUGCUUCACGAGUAGGAAACAAACCCCUGCUCGUCUCGUCGACGGAUGGGUGGCAGCCGUCCCCCUGGCUGUCCUGCUGCUGUCUAGCUGCUGGUUCUGUGUGUAUGUGUUUGGGAGGCGUGAGGGUGUUAUGAAGUCAGCUGGUGAUUCCUCCUUGCCCCCGUCCCUUCAUUUUCUUUCUAUCUUUUUUUUUUUUCCACUUGCAAGGGGAUGGUUAUCCUCCUGCCGCCUCUAGUUGCUUCUGCCCAAGGCCCUUAACAGUCGGAGAUGGAGAGCAGAGGGUUCAUUUUUCAGGGAGAAAGAAGGCCCCGCGGGUCUGUGGUCUGUGUGAGCAGAGGAGGCUCUCGGCAAAGAGGUUCUGCUUGGUCGGCGGGUCACCGCCAGUGGCUGCGGGCAGGGGGAGGCCCAGGGUGCACCGUCCGCUGAGUCCUGAGGAGUCUCUUAACCAUUACUUGAAGGUUGGAAGACUCAAUGCAGCCGCUUCAUUAACUGAAAUGCAGUCCUGGGUGUGAACUCCUCAGUGGGUGAAAUGUUUAACAAGAAUGCCAAUGGCAGAUGAACGAGUCAACUUUUCACAUGUACCUACUGGGGGCGGGGGGAAGACCUGAACUAAAAGAAAGACAAAAAAUGCUUAACAGCUGGCAAUCUCUUCUCAGAGAAAUGUCAGACGCACCCAUUUCUUACUGACGGCAAAGCAGUUUUGCACAAAACCGACUCUUUUGAGACGAGGUUCAAAACAAACAAACAAACAAACAGAAAUGUCGCUCUCUCUCAGAUUUCAGUUGGGUUGGUCUCCCGGUCAGCGUGUGUUGGGGUCUCCCCUGUGGAGAAACCCCUGCAUCUUGUUAGCUCUUUUUCUGUUCAUCUCCUUUCAGGGAUUAAAAGGCAUCUCCAUUUCCAUUUCACUCCUUGCUCAACUUUGAAUGCUUAUAAAGAAUUGGUUUUUUGUUGUUGUUGUUGUUGUUCAACAUUUAAUGCCUUCCCCCACUGGCCCCCCUCAGAAAAAAAAAGAAAGAAAGAAAGAGAAGAGAAGGUCUUCUGUUUUCCAAGUACCUUCCUGGAGUAGAGAGCACAGGACAUCUUGGUCUGAGUACUCAGUUCCUGCCGACAGCAGGACAGCCGCGAGCUGGCUCUGUCUUCACCUCCCAAGAGAGGUGUGUGUGCGGACACCCUCGUCUCCCAAACAACCCCACACUACGGUCGCGGCUAUGCCGACUGACUGUCUUGACUAAGUGUUUCUCCAUUUUUAGGUCCAGCACUGUGAAGUGCUGACUGAUAAAAGUCUCUUCUAAAUGAGAAGUGAGCAUGGACGGCACAGGAGCCCUGGGGAGUUAACCCCACAGACUCGACUUCAGUGCACAGAGGCCUAGUGGCUGUUGCAUGCUUUCCUUGACGGUUCUUCUCUCUUUUUUCUUUUUCCCCUUCUAUUAUCUUUCCAGUUUUUCCUUUUUUUUUUUUCCAAAGGCCCACAAAUGCCUUGACUCUGCUUUUCCCAAGUCCUGUGGCUAGCUUUUACGCUGGGUGUUUUAGUCGGCGGCUUUUACAGCAAGUGCAGACGCAGCAAGAAUUCCGUGUUCACCCAGACCCUGGCCUCAACUUUGGGUGAGUUGAGAGACACUUCCACAGACCACUCAGAGACAGACCUGGCUUUGGGACCACAGAUACCGUUCUCCCUUCAUUUUUGUCGACACUGCCUUUGACCAGAGAGCCUGCAGCCCGGCCCCUGUGACUCGCUGGCCCAGUGCUUUGUCACCUGACCUCAUUUUGUAAUUCUGCUGAUGGACAGGGACGGGCCGGGGCACUCACUGUCAGCACAAAGCCUUCAAGCCUGCUGACUUCAAAUUAAACGGCCCAGUUCCCUGAUGCCGCCUCAUUCUGGAGGCUGGACCUCUCACAGUGUAGACAGAGCAAGGCUACCAGCUUUGCUUCAGCCUAGCUGAGCACAGUCUGGCUCUCUGGCCCUAGAACCAGCAGGUCCAAUUGUUCUUGUUCUGGCUAACUUAGAGGAAAACUAAAAGACCUCUCUCCAGACAGCCAUGGCAUUGGGGUCACAUGCAAGCCACCCCUCCCCCAGCCUAGUCAGCACGAGGUAGGGAAGCUAUCACACACACACACACACACACACACACACACACACACACACACACACACACUGUGGGCACACUCUUGGGCCCUGCUGUGCAUGAAGGAGGGAGUGUAACAGCCACUGCUCACACCUCUCUGGGUCUGGGUUGUUCUGUGCAAUCCCACCAGCUCCAUGCUACCAUUUACAAAGAAACCAGCUACUGAGGAGUGUGUAGCUCUGGGCACAGCUGGCUGGGAGCUUCCUGCCUUGGGCACCUGCAGAGUGGGUACCAAGCCUGUUUGGCUACCUGGGGAUCUUUUGGCUACCUUCCCCGCUGAACAGACAAACGAGAAGGAGUGUGUUCACAGCCAAAUGUUGAUGAUCCUGAUCUCAAUGAUCUCUUCCCCAAACUCGGUGGGUGAGGCGGAGGGGGGCUUGUGAGUUGAGGAGGGAUACCCCCCAUUUGUUCCAGAAAGGUGAUCUUCCCCUUCUGACAGUCCUGGAACCUCGUGCCGGCCCGUGCAUCGUUAGAUGGCAGAAGCCAAAGUCUCUUCCAACCUGCGUGCAACUGGUUAGCUCCCAGUCACCAGCUUUCAAACUUUUAGCUCCACUUCACUCAGUGGGAACUGGGCACUUGGGAGAGAGUGACUUUUCUAAGAACCAGGAGAGACAGUUUGCAUGGGGAAGUGUGUAUGUGUGUGUGGGGAGGGGAGGGGGACGAGUCAGAGGCUAAAUUUCAUGUUGAAAUAUGACUUUGCUGUAUGUUUCCUGCGAAUCCUAAGUGACGUUGUGCAUAUACACUUGAGGUGAUAGCCUGUGCCUAGACCUGAAAAAUGCACCAGCAAAGGGAUUCUUUAGAAAAAAAAGAAAAAUCCUUCAAAAUACCAGUAUUUUCCCCACAAGUACAAUUGUUCUUCUGCCUUCUGUGGCUUUGAUUUCUUUUUUCUAACCACUAGAUUUCUUUUUCCUGCCUGUUUGACAUUGACAUGACAUUGAUAGCUAUGCAUUCUUUUGUGUCUUUUUAAAACUAAGCGGGAGAAUACGUUUUUUGAAGAAGAGAAUUUUUAGAACAGUUUGAUACCGCAAAUUAUUUUUUUCCUCAAUUGUGUGAGAGCAGUGUUCGAGUUUUGAGAGUUCUUGUAGAAUCUGAUUUUUGGUAACUGUGGUGCAGACCUUGUUGCUCUCUUAGCCUAAUGAAAAGUAGUCUAGAAGCAGUAUUUCAUGCCAUGUGCUAUAUCUGUGUGGGGAGGUGUGAGCUUAAACACGUGUGCACGUGUGUAAAAUCCUACAUGUGUGUGUGCGUGUUAAGUGGGAAGCUUACUUGCCUUUUCCUAUCUAGAGUUAAGGACUUAUUUUAGACAUCUGUUACAUUUUGUGAAAAGAAUGUUCUAUUUGCAACAAGGAAACACUGAAUUCUUACUGUGUCUCUCUGGCUGUUGAGUGAGAACGCUUGACAUCGCCCAGUGAGACAGUGGGAGGAGGCCAGAGUGUAGUCACUGAGGAGAUGCUUACCCACAUAUUCCUCAAGUUCUUUGCUUCGUGCCCCUGAGUUCUCCUUCAUUAAGGUGUUUUGUUUGUAGAUCUUUGCUGCUGUGCUAGAACUGUGGGUGAAUGUCAUUUUUAUAAAUCAUAAAAAAAAAAAUCCACCACAAAACAGAAACACUAAAGCGAGAGGGGACUUUUUGAUGAAGCGAUGUAAAUAUAGUGACCUCGUGGCUGGUGUGAGUGAAGGCACGAGGUUUGAAUGGCUCCGUCGUCACCGCAUCUUUUGCAUUUAUUAGGACUCUUCAGUGACGGGACCCACAGGCUGAAAGCAUUCUUGAGAAACCCUACUCUCUACUUUUCAAAGAUAACAGUCUCUUUCAUCAGAUGUCAAGGGCAAGCGAAAGGAAUGUAGUUUCUGUAUAUUUAUGAGAAUUUCUUUUCUAUGGACAUGAAGACAUUGAGUAUCUACCCCCCCCUCCCAGCACACGCACACGCACACGCGCACACACACAAGACUGAGUCAUAAAGACUCAGGGGGCUUUAAAAGACCGCAUGGCUCCCUAGAAACAGUCAUAACUUCAUCCAAGGAAAAAGGGUUCCCAGACUCCCAGACUCCCUGGCAAGCAGCAGUGUCUCUGUGAAGGCCGAGCAACACCAGAGUGACCUCUUUGCCAUGUAUAUUAUAGGAUAUCUGUUUGGUGUGAAUAGCCCCCAUGUUCCCUUCUGGUACAAACUCUGUGUUUGCAAGCUGUAAGAAGCGUGGUUUUCUAAAAGCGCGACACCCCCCCCCCUUAAAGAAUGUAACUGGUUUCUCUGAAUAAGCAGUUACUGUGUUGCACUUAAAAUGUUUUGUUGGAGGAAUGCAGUUUUGUUUUCUGUAGACCUGUAAAUUACCCAUGAAACUCAAGUGAAAAUGCCCUGGUCAGAGCUGGGACUCGCACUGGCCUUUUCACCUUUGCAUCUUGUUCAGAUCCCCUGCUAGGAUGUAACAGAGCCGGGGAGGGAGAGUCUGAGCUUUGAGUCUUUCCCACUGAGCCCCAUCUUGAAUCUGACACCCCUUGAGAUCUGAGAACAUGAACUGGAAGGGCGGAUGGAUGCGCCAUAUUCUCUUCCUCCACAUAGCUGGAGGAAGGAAUCACGAUAAAAAUCAAAGUCAUACGUUACCACGUUGACAUGCAAAUUAGAAAAAAAAAAGUCAGUGUGUUUGGGGUUGGUCUCAGUGCUAACUGGGAGAAGCAAAGGCCAAGGCUUCCCUGAUACUGUCCCAGCCAUUUCCCGUGUGUAUAUAGUAUGAACCGUGACAAACACUGCCUUUAUAUUAUUUAGCAAUAUGUUGUAAAUAGCAUUGUUAAGCUCUUUUUUUGUAAUAAAGACCCUUUGAUUUGAAUAUAGUACAAUAACCGAACUGAUAAAGUCAACUUUUGAUUUUUUUUUUAGCUAGAGGCAAUUUUCAAUUGUGGAUUUUUUGUUGUUGUCUAUUGUUCUGAAGACUUUGCAUAAUUUAUUGGUUUAAUUUAUCCUAAUUUAUUUGAUGAAGGUGUACAAUUUUGUAUUACCAAGGAUGUACUGUAAUAUUAAUUGAUAUGAUAAAAAAAAAACAAUGAGACUCCCUGUCCAUAUUAAAAAAAGGAAAUAAAAAGGUGCAGUAGACAAUUGAUUUUAAAGUUAAAGUGAAAAAAAAAGUUAGUUUGGCAGCUAAAUUUUAAAAAGGAAAAAAAAAACACAUUGUUGGGGGGAGGGCGGGAGGGAAGGGGUUUUCCUUUGUGUGUUUUAAGCUUUUGUAUGACUCUCUCCAGACUCUUUCCUUUUGCUUUGUACACCUAAAGGGGAACAGUAGUCCGACUGCCUCGUGUGCCUUUCAUCUCCUCUCAAACUGAAUGUAUGUGCAGUAUAUAUAUGCAAGCUUGUGCAAAAUAAAAUAUACAUUACAAGCUCA